AUGGAACUCGAUAAUGAAAACACCCCUUGCCUUCGCCUUCCACCACCGCACAACUCCAUCACCCUAAAUAUCUACCGCGCCACCGACGCCCCUGUCCUGAUAUCUAUGCUAAACCACCCAGCUGUGUACAUGAACCUCGCCGGGCCACCUUUUCCCUACUUGCAAGAGCAUCAUGAUUCCAAAAUCAAAGAACUGGAGGCAGAUGUUGCGAGUGUACUAAAAUAUCUGAGGGAGUCCAAAUUUUCAAAUGGAAACGCUAAAUGGGCGAGUGCAGUCCCCUUUACUGUUAUUAGAGAGGUUGAUGAGGACACAGGCCAACAGACGGUGCUUGGGGAUUUGGUGCUAAGGAGAAGUGAUUUCCUCUAUAUCAAUGACGAGAAAGAAAGAGAAAGCAUGAAAUCUCGCAACGAUAAUCUGGAAGCAGGCGAUUCGGAUAUAAUAUGGGAAAUUGGGUGUUGGUUCAUCUUCAUUCUCAACCUUGGAAACCUUCUAACUUUUGCAGUCUCUCUAGUCCCUACAGCACACGGGCGCGGCAUUAUGACCGCGGUCCUCGACACUCUCACCAAGAAGUGGCUGGUUCCGUAUAUGAACGUUCAUCAUAUGUGUGGAUGUUACCUGGAGCACAAUCUUGCUAGUCGGAGGGUAUUUGAGAAGUGUGGCUGGACAUUUGUCAAGUUUGAGCCUGAUCGGAUCGAGCUCCCAGAGGCCAUGACGGGUAUAAAGGGAAAGUAUUUUGGAAUGGGUGUCAUGAAAUGGGAUAGGAGUUGA